CCCCCCGUCUCCCUAGGUGGACAGUAGCCUGCUCACUCCGAGCCUUGAAUCUGCCAUUUCAAAAUCCCAUUUACGUCACAUGAAGCUAGACUCACAAAUUAAACAAACUGCAGCCCACAAUGCCUCAGGACAAGCCCCAAGUCCAAGCCCAGGCGCCAGCCAAAAGGCGCCACCGCACUGUCUAUAUGACGUUACCAUCCCCCCUCUCAAAAAACGCCCCAAUCCCGCGUAAAGGUAGGUAUACGCUGAACAGCACAAGAAGCAAGUCAAAAACUACCCAAAGAAGAAAACAAUCAAUCACUGCACCUCGUAUCGGCCUUGAUCUUCGCUACAUCUACCAUCGCCUGUAUCUGAAUGGGCAACAACCAAAAAAAAUAGUGGGGCCCAUAUUCAUCUGCUUCUUUUAUUUUAUUUUUUGGGGCCUUUCCAAGCUGAUUGUAAAAGAUCAAUGGCCAUGGCCAAAGCAAAGGAAAAAAGCGGUGUUGACUACUUACACGGAAUCUUCUGGGUCAUGUAGCGACUUGUGAUUGCCGAUAUCGCGAAAAGAAGAAGAAAAAAAAAUAAGAUCUGAGCGAUUUCUGGAAAGAGUGCCAUGUUUCGGAUGCCACUAGGGGGGGUUGGUGGGAAUCUAAGCUACUUUACCGGUCGGUUUGGAAAGAAGGGGUGGAAGGGGAAGGGUGUGUGUGCUCUCCCCGCGAAAAGGCGAGAAAGAAGGGAACGGGACGGGUAAGCUCCGGGCUUCUGUUGCUGCGCAGUUUGUUUGUUUUUUGCUUAAGGUGAGGGAUUGGUUGAAACGGGUA